AUGUUUGUUCUAGAUGUGACAGCUGAGGCAGUGGGUGUAGCUAUAGCUGCACCUCCAUCAGACGGGGAGGCAAAUGCGGAGCUGUGUCGCUACCUCUCGAAGGUGCUAGAAGUGAAGAAGAGUGAGGUUGUUUUAGAGAAGGGUGGUAAAUCACGUGAAAAAGUGGUGAAGAUUUUGGUAUCAAUGACACCAGAUGAGAUUUUAGAAAAACUGAAAAAAGAAGCUUCCAGUUGA